UCUUCCUCUCUUUCUUCCUCCUCCUCGUCAAGAAGCGGAAAGAGUUCCUUUCACCACCUGCUUCGAUCCGUGUUCGUGUCGUUGAGCACCGUGGGGAAUCGAGACGAGCAUCAUCGUAAUGGAAGGCAGCGGCUUCGAUGAUCUGAUACAGAGGCUGAUGGACGCCAAGAAGAGCAAGGCCAGCGGGAAGAAGGUGCAGCUCAGCGAGCUGGAGAUCCGCAGCCUCUGCGCCACCGCCAAGGGCGUCUUCCUCAGCCAGCCCGUCCUCCUCGAGCUGGAGGCGCCGAUCAACAUCUGCGGCGACGUGCAUGGGCAGUUCUCGGACCUGCUCCGGCUGUUCGAGUACGGUGGCGUGCCGCCCACCUCCAACUACCUCUUCCUCGGGGACUACGUCGACCGGGGGAAGCAGAGCAUCGAGACCAUCUGCCUCCUGCUCGCCUACAAGAUCAAGUACCCCGACAACUUCUUCCUCCUCCGCGGCAACCACGAGUGCGCCUCCAUCAACCGCAUCUACGGCUUCUACGACGAGUGCAAGCGCCGGUUCAGCGUCCGCCUCUGGAGGCUCUUCACCGACUGCUUCAACUGCCUGCCGGUGGCGGCCAUCGUGGACGACAAGAUCUUCUGCAUGCAUGGCGGGCUGUCGCCGGAGCUGCAGAGCAUGGACCAGGUGAGGGAGAUCGAGAGGCCGGUGGACGUGCCGGACCAGGGGCUGCUGUGCGACCUGCUGUGGUCGGAUCCCGACCGGGAGAUCAAGGGGUGGGCGGACAACGACCGAGGGGUCUCCUACACGUUUGGUGCGGACAGGGUGGCGGAGUUCCUGAGGAAGCAUGAUCUCGACCUCAUUUGCCGAGCUCAUCAAGUUGUGGAAGAUGGGUAUGAAUUCUUCGCAGACAGGCAACUGGUGACCAUCUUCUCAGCUCCAAACUACUGUGGAGAGUUCAACAAUGCUGGAGCACUAAUGAGUGUGGAUGCAAGCUUGCUCUGCUCAUUCCAAAUCCUCAAGCCUUACAGAGGAAAGCCAGGGGGAGUGAGUGGCUGAUCAACCAACUAUGCUCCUCAGCAACAGAGGAAGAAGAAAGAAUAGAUGGCAGCAUUGCAUCAAGCUGUUUGCUCUCACUUUGCACACCAAAUGUAGUACCCAAUCUGUGUAUAUAAACAUGCCAAAGUAGAUUUCAUUUUUCAUUCAUCUUUCCUAGUGUGUAAUCUCAAAAUCUUUGAAUUGAGAGUAGAUCUUGCUAGCAUCUCAAUUUGCUGUUUGAUACAGAAACAGUAAUGAGGUUGAGAAUGAUUUGGAUUUUUUCA